AUGGAUACGUCUUAUGAUAGGAUCAACGCGAGUUAUCUGCGUGCCCCGUCGCUUGGCUUAGCAUUAUUAGCAGCAGACUAUGUAUUUAAUGAAAAAAAGUUUUUCAAAGCAGCUCAAUCUGGGAAUGUAGAGGAACUGCGCAAACAGGUGGAGGCUUCGGGCGAGGGGCGGCGCGGCGGCGAGGAGGGCCCGGCGGACCGGCGGCACGCGCUCGGCUGGACGGCGCUGAUGGCGGCCGCCGCCAACGACCAGCCGGCCGCCGUGCGCGAGCUGCUGCGGCUGGGCGCGCGCGCCGAGCUGCGCGACCGCUACGGCGGCGCCGCGGCGGCGGCCGCGCUGGCCGGCCUGCACCCGCUCGAGGCGCUGCAGCGGCGCGAGGACGACUUCUGCGCCUCCAUGAACGCGCGCGCCUCCUUCCUCGGCUGGACGGCGCUGCACUACGCGGCGCUGGCCGACUCGGCGGGCAGCGCGCGCGCCCUGCUCGAGGCGGGCGCCGACCCCACCGCGCGCGACCACGCCGGCCGCCGCCCGCUGCAAUACGCGCGCGACGCCUCGCCCGCGCGCGACCUGCUGCUGCAGCACCAGCGCCGCUGGGAGGACGCCGCCGCCGCCGCCGCCGCCGAGGAGCGCCGCCGCUUCCCGCUCGAGCAGCGCCUGCGCCAGUUUAUCGUGGGCCAGCAGGCGGCCAUCGAGACGGUCGCGGCCGCCGUGCGGCGCAAGGAGAACGGCUGGGCCGACGAGGACCAUCCACUCGUCUUCCUCUUCCUCGGCAGCUCGGGCAUCGGCAAGACGGAGCUGGCCAAACAGCUGGCGCGCUACAUGCACCGCGACGAUCCCGCCGCCUUCAUCCGCCUCGACAUGUCCGAGUACCAGGAGAAGCACGAGGUGGCCAAGCUGAUCGGCGCCCCGCCCGGCUACGUGGGCCACGAGGAGGGCGGCCAGCUGACCAGGGCGCUGGCGCGCAGGGCCGACGCGGUGGUGCUCUUCGACGAGGUGGACAAGGCGCACCCGGACGUGCUCACCGUGCUCCUGCAGCUCUUCGACGAGGGACGGCUGACGGACGGCAAGGGAAAGCUGAUAGAGUGCAAGAACGCCAUCUUCGUGAUGACGUCGAACCUGGCCUCGGACGAGAUCGCGCAGUACGGGCUGCAGCUGCGGCGCGCGGCCGAGCUGCGGGCCGCGCAGAGGACGCGCGCGCAGGGCGCGGACGCCAAAGACAAGAGCGACGAGAAACCGCCGCCCGCGCCGAAGGAGGUCAUCAACGAAGACCCCGAGGAGACUCUGGAAGUUUCGCGCCACUUCAAAGACAGCGUGGUGAGGCCGAUCCUAAAGAAGCACUUUGGGCGCGACGAGUUCUUGGGCCGGAUCAACGAGAUCGUGUACUUCCUGCCGUUCUCGCGGCAGGAGCUGCUCACGCUGGUGAACAUGGAGCUGCAGCAUUGGGCGGAGAAGGCCAAGAGCAGGCACGACGUGGAGCUGCACUGGGAGGGGGGCGUGCUGGGGGCCCUGGCCGACGGGUACGACGUGCACUACGGCGCGCGCUCGAUCAAGCACGAGGUGGAGCGGCGCGUGGUGAACCAGAUCGCGCUGGCGGCGGAGCGCGGCGCGCUGGGCCGCGGCUGCGCGCUGCUGCUCAGCGAGCGCGCGGGCCGGCUGCGGCUGGCCGUGCGCCGCCCGACGGCGCCCGACUACGAGCCGCUC